CCUGGGACCCUGAAGUAAACGGAAUUCUCUCGAAAAUAUCGCCAUUGUGUAUUAUUUUGUCCAAACACCUCCAUGGCCACGGCUCGCUUUAAUGAUGCACUUCUCUCAACUUCGGUCUUACCUAAAGCGAUAAGAACCUGUUUAGUUAACCAAGGAUUCCUCAACUUCCACUUUGUACAACUCGGAGCAGUUCGGGCUAAAGAAGGAAUGAAAAACCACCCAGAUAACAAUGAUGCUGCCGUUACAGAACGUUGGGCUGCUGAGUAUUCUGAUAUGGAUUCAGUGUUGGAAUCACAAAGUUGCUCUUGGACAAAAUACCACAUGCUGGGUCAAUCAGGCCAGUGAUGGUACACUUCAGCCAUGUGUAUUUCCAUUCCUAUUCAAAGCUAAGCCCUACAACGUGUGCACCCAAGAGAAUGAUCCGGACGGAAAGUUUUGGUGUUCAACGGAAGUCACUCCAGAAGGUCAUCACGUGGGUGGCAAAGGUCGGUGGGGUUUCUGUGAUCCAGAGUGCCAGUUUUUGUUCGAGGCUCAGGCCCCUGAGAAUACUCCCAGGCCAAAAAUUCAAUCAGAUUUGAUAUUUACCGAAACUUCAAGUGUACCAAGCACAGCCGAUGUGAUGGACUUCACUCUGGGAACAUGGGAACCCAAUGCUGAAUUCGCCGAGUGUGGCUCCUUGCAAAUCUCUGGGGCUUUCAUUAUUCAAGGGGAAGCGGCAAAACCUGCAGAAUUUGGUUUUGCAGUUCUUUUAGGUGGAUUCAACUCAGCAGGAAAGAAGAGACAACUUUGCGGGGGUUCGCUUAUUAAUGGGUGGUAUGUUCUGACAGCGGCACAUUGCUUCAGCUCUGAAAUAAAAGUCACGGAAAUUCUUAUCGGAGAGGUGGAUGUAUCACGAGAAAAUGAGAGUCCUCACCCGGUUCAAAAGUUCAGCCCGUCCAAGAUCAUCUCUCAUCCUCAAUUUGAUAUCUGAGCACUAGCCCAAGGGUUUGACAUUGCCUUGAUUCGCUUGGACCGGAAAGCUAUCCUUGCUCAAGAUGAUAUUUUGAAAUCCAGUGUGGUGCCAGUUUGUUUACCUUGGACCGUGAAUGACCCCGGAUUUUCCCUUGAAUCCGAUUCCAAAGUGACGGUGGUAGGAUGGGGAGUUACCGACAAACCCAGACGACAACAGCAGUUGAAUAUUGACAAGUACGGAGUUUCAGAGCCGCUUCUGCAAAAAGUGGAACUUGAUGUGGUCAGCCCUGAACAAUGUCAAAGCAAAUAUCCGGGUUUAGUGACCGAAAGACUGGUUUGCGCCAUAUUAGGAGGUAAGGAUUCUUGCCGAGGAGAUUCGGGCGGCCCAAUGGUUGUCCGUGAAUCUGAAUUUGAUCCAUGGUAUCAGGCUGGCAUUGUGGCUUUUGGUCCUACUAAUUGUGGAAGCGGUUCGAGACCGGGCGUUUAUUCCAAGGUAUCCCAUUACAUUUCGUGGAUCCGAUCACAAUUAGAACCGUAAUAAAAAAGUGCCAGUUGAGUCAA